AUGGUUAAACAAUUACAGACAGAUAACCUCUGUGUUGUCUAUGGUAGCGACAUCACCGAUCCCUCUACCAUCCUGUAUGAACUCUCCAGUAGUGUUUAUACCAGUAACUCGUCUAGUACCACCCCCAGCGAUACAAACGACGAGGCAACAGAUAUUGAAAAUAUCUGCAUGAUGAACGUUACUCCUUCCCUCCCAGAAGAGAACACGAACAUCAAACUUAGUGACAUCAUUGGAGAUGAAGUUCAGUUCACAAACGAACAACUGAUUCAGUUCGAUAAACUCCAACGGAUCAAAAAAGAAGAAGUCUACAAAACUUCACGAUUUGCCAUCUUUUCCAAACGAAUUUUAGAACAAUUCAGUGGAAAUACAACAAUUGACUAUACAGCAAAUGGUCAAUGUGGUUUUAAUAUCCUCAGCAAGGAUAAGAUUGAGCGCUGGAAACAACAAAAUCCUAUCGCUCGUUAUAUUCAUAUUGGACUAGUGCAAAUCAAGAUCACUUCGCUGUUUCGACGUGGCACUGAUCAACCACUCAUUGCACUCCUCAUGGACAAUCGUUUUCAUAAACCCGUUGAUGCACUUAUUGGCGGUGUUCAAUCGAAUUUGGUUAACAACCUCAUCUGGUUUAAAAUCAAACCAAAUUUUUUCAUUUCACUGACAGACCCAAACAUCGAAAAGGUCCUCCAAGUUAAACUCCAAUUGUCCAAACUACAAAUGGAUUGUGAUUCCCCUAGCCUUGGAAUCCAGUGGAAAGUGCUCUAUGAACUCACUAGAGAACCCGAAACUGCUACCGUUCCUACACUUGACUCAAAACUAGUCACCUUGUUUGAACCGCGACCUUUUGAUACCAUAAUUGAGCCUAAACUUCUCAAUUGGACAGAUCUUGAGAUCCCUAAAACUUGGUUAUUUGAUAACAUCAAUUCUGUACCCAAGUUACGUAUCACAGAACCCACUGUGGCUACAAUACACGCCUCCGGCUCCAAUCUUUAUAUUAUAAAUAAAGCAAAACCGCCUCAGCUACAACGCUCUGUUUGUGACAGUCAUUCCAGGUUUCAUAGAUACCAGGCUGGUGACCCGCAAAAACCACAAACCAUUUGUUUGGUUGUGAUGGAGUUGGCUUGGAUAUAG